AUGCCCAUCUCGCCAUUCCCACAAAUGCAUGGGGAGCAAAAGGCGGAAGCCGAAAAUGGAGAGCGUGUGGACGUGUCGGUGCGAUCGAAGAGCCCUAUUGGGAGAAUACGGUCUCCUCCCAACAUUGCGCCGGAGGCGGUUGGGGUUUCGAUAACGCAGUUCCUCCUCGGUGUCUGGCUGUGGAUUACAGGACAGCAAGUGGGGUCCCUGUCGUGUACUGGGCUUGGGUACUGGAUCGUAUUUGAUGCGCUUGGGGUCGUCCUAGCACACGUUCUUCCAGGAUACCUUGCCAGGCCGUCGACAACAGCGGAGAUUCGCAGGCCAUUUGGAAACGCGCGCGUAGAAACAGUGGCCAUGUUCGCUCAGUCAGUCUACUUGCUAUUUGCCUCGGUUUACGUGUGCAAAGAGACUGUUGAGCACAUCCUUCUUUCGUCCGGCGAGGGACAUCAUCACCAUCAUGGCGACGAGGUAGCAGAAUUCUUCGGCAUUGAAUUUCCUACUGUACUGCUAGCUAUUACAUUCUUUUCAUUAUCCUUGACUACUAUCGCAUACAAUAAUCACUCCAAGUUCGUCAGCACGGCGGGCAACCACAUCCCUCCUUGGAUAUCCCUGCUACCAUCUCGCUAUCGAUACUUCGUGGUAUCAUACACGUAUCCACCCCGUUUAGUCAACCUCCUUUCCAAUCCGUAUGCACUCACGCCCAUUAUUCUCUCCCUGACCCUCCUGUUCGGACCGGGAUUCAUCCCAACAUACCAGCAUCGUUAUUUCGACCUGAUGCUCGCAGGUGUCGAGACCGUGGUGACUUUCAGCCUAGCAUACACCGCAGCCGUUGCCUUUGGAGCAACGCUCUUGCAAACGUCGCCUGCAAGAGGCCUUGCGGGCGGGAGGAUGGAAGCGUUCCUUCGAGCCAUGCGAGAGAUCGAGCGCCAUCCUCAAGUCCUGCACCUGCCUGCUCCACAUAUAUGGCAGCUUACGCCUAACCUUACGCUCCCUCAAGAUCAGUACACUUACACGCAUAAUGCACCCGUGGUCGAGAGUAAGACGCAGGGCCCCGCGCAAUCGCUCGUCGUGACGCUGGAGCUGCACGUGAGAGGAGAUCUGGAGGACGAGGAGGUCCUGCGCCUGACGAGGUGGGCAUGGGAGCGGUGCUCUCAUGCGCUGCACUUCGGGUCGAGAGGUGGAGAGGGCGGGGAGGCAGAAGCCGAGAUCACCGUGGGCGUUGUGCGGGACUGA